GAGAGAGGGCAGAGAGGAGAAGAGAAGAGAAAGAAAAAGAAAGAGAUGAAGAGUAGAUAGGAAGCAUGUGUGUGAGAGAUAAAAAGUGUCAGUGACCAAGCAAGAAAGGUCCAGGCGUAUAUAAAGCCAAGCAUUAGACGAUUCAGUAUUGUGUCAUCAACAGGUCAGCGGACUUACCAGGGGGAUUAUGUCCAAACCUUCGUCCAACGUUAAGGCCCUUCAGGCUAAUUUGAACAUCCCGAUGGGAGCUCUGCGUCCAGGGGCGGGACAUCCUGUCAAGAGGAGAGAGGAGACAGUAGACAUAAACGAGGCUCAUUCACCAGACCAGACCAGCGCUGCAGCCCAGACGCCGGAGGAGAAGAAGGCGUUGCCGGGCGCGGUGAAACUGCCCGGUCCCGCUGUUAACCUAUCAGAGCUGCAGAACGUCAAGAGCGAACUACGUUGGGUCACCAAGGAUUAACAGAAGGAUCCCCAGCCAGGCGGCGAGGAAGGCCAAUAAUCUUCAUACACACAGACUUGCCCACUGCCGCCGACAACUAGCAAACUACAGUCUAAUCCCAACAUGUUCGGAAACAGCAACAGCCAACGUCUGACCACCGAGAAGCAGCGCCCACAAACUCUCCUUCAGCCAGCGCCCUGACAGGGUGAAACACUUAAAACGUUUGUCAUGUCAGUCGAGAUUGUUUUAUCACUAAAUCCAAAUCAUACUUUGUACAGAAAGUUGAGUGCUGUCGAGAUAAAGCGAGAUAUCCUGGCGUGUUUCUGCUGCAGAUAAGACUCCACUUUACUUGGACUUUUAGAAGUAAGUGAGUCGCAUUACAAUAACAGCAAAUUCUUCUGCAUUUUCUUUGCUUGGUUUGUUUUUGGGGGUAUUUUUAAGUCUAGAAUAGCUGGUUUUAAAGAGACUUUUGUUGACAGUUAGCCCAAAUUUAAGGAAUCCACCUGACUUCUUUUCCAUAUUGUCAAAACUCCAAGAAGAACUGAUUUGUCGUAAGGGUUCAUUUCUAAAUGUUGUGACAGUUUGUGAUGGGAUUUAAGUUCACUGUACUACUUUUUUUGGCAGCAGGGGAGGGAAUUAUGAUGUUUUUAUUGUGUCACUGUUAUGGUAUCUUCAGGAAAAUAUUGCAAUAAAUCAAGAUGG